AUGGUACUACUUUCAGAAAUGGACGAAUGUGAGGCUAUGGACAUACUGUUGGAGUCGAAAAGUUUAAGCCAUCUAAGGCAUGAAUUGAACUCUCUUCCAAGCACUUUAUUAUUACAAAUGGCUAAUAAAUGCUUGGAUCAUUUUACAUUAGCCAACUACGCUGGAUUUAUUGAGAAGCCAAUUUGUGGGAGAUAUGUGAUGGAAGAAGAAAUUGAUAAAGAUUUAUCGUUUGGUUGUAAUUCUUCAUAUAAAUUUGCUCGUUCAAAAUUGUGUUUGUGGUUAGCGAAAACAAUACUGAUCGAAAACUGCUCUCGAAUAGAAAAUAGUUUUAUGAAAGAUUCUCUUACAUGUCGUUUGAUAUUGCUGUGGCAAGAUUUACUAAAAGAGCCUGCUGUUGAACUAAAAAAUAUUCUGAAUACUUUGGAAGAUGUGCAAAUUAACUGUGCUUCUGUAGCAGCAGUUACUGAAGCAUUGCUCGAAAGGAUGUAUGCUCAUUUAUUGUACGAUCAGGUCGAGAUAGCUGGAAUUUAUUUAACUGAAGCUUUAACUACCAUAGGUCUCGAAAUCAAAAUAAUCGGAGUAUUGGGUAAACGUACUAGGUUUCAAGAAAAAUUUAUACCUCAACUUGUCGCCAGAGCUGCAAAUUGCGAUAAUCUCGAGGACGAUGACGGAUCAGGAAAUGACAGCAAUCUGCCGCUGAAUGUUUUGCUUCAUGAUGACUCAUUGUUAGAAAAUGUAUAUGUUGCUGAAGUAGAUGCUUCAACCAGUCCUGCUAAGCUCUCUGCUCUGGGUUUGGCAUGUAUGCUGGCUUCUGGGGUGCUUGAACGGAAAAUUCACAGUAUUGAGGAUUUAUUAAUUGAAAAAUGUUGCUCUUAUCUUGAUGAGAUCAUUGCUCACCGUAAGAAUUGGGCGGUGCAAGCUAGUGCUUUAUUGCAGCGUUCAGAAUUUGAAAAGAUUAGCAUGCGCCGAGUGGAACGUGCAUGCAUGCAAAUGGAAUCAUUGUCAAAAUUGAUUAAUGGUGUAGAAAAUAAAGAGAUGAAUGCGGAUGUUUUAAGAAAACGCUUAAAACUAUUACUAGCAAGUGGAAUGAAACCAUUUUGGUAUGUUGAUCUCGUUCAUGCUGAAAUCCUUCGUUCUAUCGGAUGCACAGCGGAAGCCUUGAUAAUAUUUGAAAAGCAAGAAAAUUGGGAUAGUGUUAUUGAUUGUUAUCAGUCACUUGGUCAGCUGGAAAAGGCUGAACGGAUAGUUCGUGAUCUGCUUGCUAAGAAUGAGAAUGAUUCAACUUACUGGUGUCUUUUAGGAGACAUACUUCAUGAGCCAAAUUUAUAUGAAAAGGCGAUUGAGGUUUCGAACGGCCGUUCAUUUCGUGCUCACCGAUCAUUAGGGCUGUUGAUGCUUCAGCGCAAACAUUACGAUAUUUCAUAUCAACAUUUGAAACGUAGCCUUGAGCUUCAGCCAAUCAAUUCAUCCACCUGGUUCAAUUUUGGCUGUUGUGCGUGGAAGCUCGAAAAAUUGAAAGAAGCGGCAAAAGCCUAUCAGCAAUGUGUACGUUAUGAACCUGCUCAUUUCCAAGCAUGGAACAAUCUUGCCGCUGUAUAUGAAAGAUUACAUGAUCCAGAACGAGCUAAGACUGUUUUAAAGGAAGCUCUGAAACUGAAUUUUGAGCAUAUCAAAUUACGAGAAAAUUAUAUGCUUCUCUGCAUACGUACGCAUGAUAUUUCAUCAGCAAUUUCUAUGUUUCAUGCCAUAUUAGAUUCGGAUGGACAAUAUAGAGACGAUAUCAUAAUUGAAGCGCUUACGCAGAAAUUAAUCACUCUAAGAGAAAAGAAUAGAGAAUCUGUGAAUCCCUUAACACAUGAGAUGUGUGAAUUAUUGGCUAGAAUAGUUUCGCAGCAAACUUCUUCGUCAUCGAUUUGGCAUUGUUAUGCGGAGUUGAAACGACCUAAUUCAGACUCAUCCGUGAAAGAUCAUGAUUUUUACGUAAAGUUGCUGGAGCGCGCUUUUAGGAUUUGCUAUAAUAAACAAGACUGGCAUAAAAAUAUUGACUCAUGUAUUGGUGUUUUAAAUGCAGCCUUGAAGUUGGAAGAAUCUAAGAAAGUUUUGUCAGGAAUGAAAAAUACUGAAAACGCUGCGGUGAAAUCUGAAAUUCGAUUAACUCUUAAGCCAAUUAUUACAUCCAUUGAGAAAAUGUAUGGUGUGGAUGCCAUUGAAUCUUCGAGUGCAUGCUUAAAAGAAUGCUUAUUGAAAGUGAAGGCAUUUUUAUCUUCUUGUUUGUGA